GUGUGAUUAGCAGACGACUUUCUUCCACUGCACCACGACUAUCCCUUUACACAAUAAGGCAUGUGCCGCAUGUUGUUUUAGGGAGCAUUUUGUGUGCAUGAUGAUAAAACAAACUAAUCUGCUUAAGUUUAAAAAUGCUCAGGGCGAUAAAGAAGAACUGGUUCUUAGCUGGCGUCGUAGUUGCUAUUAUUCUCGCAAAAUGGAAACCUUAUGUUGGUGCCAAAGGAGGUCCUCUGAAGCCAGAAAUUACUGUGAAGUACUUCGCAGUAUCAUUAAUUUUUCUUGCAAGUGGACUAUCCCUUGAAACCAAAGACCUCAGGAAAGCACUUCUUCAGGUGAACAUUCACAUCUUUGUCCAGUCUUUCACAUUUAUCUUCUUCCCCCUGUUUAUCCAUGUUGUUGUGAGAGUUCUGCAGCACACAUCAUAUAAUAAACAUCUGUUGGAUGGUCUUACUGUAUUAAGCUGUAUGCCACCCCCUGUCUCUUCAGCAGUAAUUUUGACCAAAGCUACAGGUGGAAAUGAGGCUGCAGCAAUUUUUAACUCUGCAUUUGGAAGCUUUUUGGGCAUAUUUGUGACUCCUGCUCUUCUUCUUGCAACCCAUGUGGACAAAUGAUGCGUACUAUCAACAGACAAUGGCUUCUCUCUGCAAACUUACCUGUUAGAGAGAUGAGCAGUGGGGUCCUUCUCUUUAUCAUCUACAACGCAUUUUGUGACACUUUCUCACAGCAUGAUGUCAAGUUGAUCCAGCCAGCGUUAUCAUCAUGGUGUUCAUAGGCAUACCCAUCCUCAGGAUUGUCUUCAGCAAGCUUGAUAGUUUGUCAGUCCUGACAAUUCCUUUGCUCAUCUACAAUCCCACUCAGAUUCUUCUUGGUGGAUUGCUAGCUCCCAUGCUGGCUAGCUGGCUCUCAACCACUUCCAAAUACCGAUCCAAGCACAGCACACUGGCAAAGUACAACAGAACAUACAAAAAGAAGUAAACAAAUAAAGAAAAAAUCUCGCAAGUCUGGGUUCUACUCCGUGUGACCAAAUCUCAUGCAACCACCGUGACAACCACGCCUGCAGAUUAUCUUCAAAGUCGUUCCCUAAGUGCUCAGCAUAUCUGCCCUUACUCAAAGAAGCUGUGACAGAAGUUGUCAAAGUUUUUACGAGAGGUCACAGAGUCAGAAAAAAAUAACGCAACUUUUAUUUAUAUGAUAUUCUAUUUUCAUUGCGAUUUUAUAAUCAUGUUCUUUUCUGGCUAUUAAACAAUAGCGGUUGAUUGGCCAA